AUGCCUUUGGAACAACAACGUUGUACGAUUGAUUCUCGUGUAAUGGAACAUCAAGAUGAAUUAGACACUGCAGCUAUCUCGCUGCAAGAGCAAAUAGAACUCGAAGAAAUCGCCUUGAAAGCUCUCUUGGAUCGCAAGAGUCAAGUCGCCCAUCAAUUGGUGUCGGCAGAGCAAAUGUUCCAGCGUUUGCAAGCUCAAAGUGUUGAUUUGCGACAAAGAAAGGUAACCCUGGAAGAUAGAUACAUCAAACACUCCUCAUUACGGUCCGAGCUGCAAGAAUCCUUGACAAAGAGUCGAGAGAAGCUCUCCAAACUCGAGAAAAUUGAAGCUGUUCAAGAAGCUGUCCAAGAGGGCACUCAAGGGGAUGUUAUUGCUGGUGUCCCGACGACAAGCUCUGCAUUGCUACAAGUCAUUGAUGAUACUACUGCAACUGCAACUGCAACUGCAACUGCAACUGCAACUGCAAACAAUGCCCUUGUUGUUGAAGAGAGAACAGCAACAAAACAAGACACUGAAAGCAAUGGCAGCAGUAUCAUUGAACCAGCAGAAGCAGGCCGAGUAAUUCGAGUACCCCUCUUGGAUACACUUGCACUGCACAAUUAUCAUCAGCAGCAGAGAAUCGAAGGCAAUGGAUCCAAUAAUGGAUUAUUUCCGUCUCCUCUCUUAAUGGUGGACUCGAAACUGGUGUCCAAGAUUAUCCGCAUUUACCAAAUGGAAACAAUGGUUUUGGAAACCAAUUCCAGCACCAAUGACUUCUCCUCUUCCUCCUCGAGGCAAGAAGACCACCUUCAAGAUACUCCUUCUUCUCCUGCUGCUGCUUCGGAGCGAGCGGUAGAAGAGGCAGAGUUGCGACGUAGUCUCUUGCGGAAUACCUGUCUUGAUCUUUUGAAAUUUCGAUCGCACACUCCAGAUGAUCCACCGAACCUUGACGAUGAUGAUGAUGAUUCCGAAGAGCGACAACCAAACCAAGCAUCGGGAUUGUUGGACAAUACACCAUCAUCAUCAUCAUCUCAAGUCUUUUCAACUAAUACUUUGGUUGCCUUGUUCGAUCCGAACAUUCCACUCUGCCCCUACGAAUUGGCAGGUGUCUGUGCGGACGAGCACUGUCCCUACCAGCACACCGACCCUAACCGGAAACAGGCAGCCAUUCUACCUAGAGAAGUGCUGCCAUUGCCCGCUUUGAACGACCUCAUUUCCAAAGUAACCACAACAACGGCGGCGAAAACAACCAGGGGUUCUCCCAGCCAGAAACCAUUCAAACCAGAAGUCCCGCCACGGACAAUGUUGGACGGAAUGUCUACAGAAGAUUCUUCUUCCACUCCCGUCUCAACAUUGGAAGAAGCCCAUAUGCAGGAGACUGGUGAUAGUGAUGUCGAAAAUGAAGAAGAAGAAGAGUUCAUUACGCUUCCCGCAAUGGAUGAGAAUGUGGACGAAGAUAUGGAUAUCGAUGACACCGAGUCAUCUGAUGAUGAUGAAGAGGACUUUGGGGUUGUGGAGUCCUAUCUGCAAGAGAAUCAGAGGACGGUAGGCACAUUCUGGUGGUCCGACCAAGAUAUCAAUGUCUUUUCGUCUCCGAACCUUCCACUGGAAAAUGUUUUGAAAACACUUGGGCGCAUCAAAAUCAUUGACUCGACGGAAACGGGCCAACUAGAGAUUCCUCUUCCCGACGACGAGUCCUCCAGGGUCGAAUGGAUUGUUUGGUUGGGUCGCCUGGUAGAUUGCUGUCGAAUAGCUUUUCACGCUGGAAGACAUGAUCUGGCACUUGGCAUUUUGGACGAAUCAUCAUCAUCAUCAUCAUCAUCAUCCAUUUUGACAGGCGGGUCCACAAAAAACCAUGACAACGACCCAUCCUUACCACACACGGUUACCUCAGACUGGGAAGCGACAAGGAAAUCAGUAAUUGAGACAUUGGGCGAACAUAAUUUGAGUUCAAUUGUCACAAUUCUGCACAGAAUACGACUGGCGGCAUACCAAUGUUCCAACCUCCGAAACACUUUUGCGGUCCAGAUUUCAUUUGCGAUAAUGUCUCAGUAUCUGGAGUCGCUAUUGGAAUCCGAGAGCAAGAAAAGCUCUCUGCAACCAGUCGAAACAAGAGAAUUUACAGGGGUGCUGAACACAGUCGGACUGCUGCUUGGCAAUGAUCAAGUCUCCCCGUCAACAAUCGUUUUUGCAAUGCAAGAUGUCGAAACUGUCUUUAGUGCAAAGUCUGCAGCAAAAGAGCAAGGAGGAAACAAUCAAUUUCAAACACUAGAAGCUGUUGUACUAUGGUCACUAUGUUCACUUCGUGUUGAUUCUGCAACGUUUCAAUCAAUAUCGAUCACGAAACUGGAAGAUCAAGUGCUGAAACCUAUUUGGGCCUUAAUCAAUUCCUAUUUCCACAAAGCCAAAGCGGAAGUGCAUUCCUCUGAAUACCUCAAAGGCAUCACUUUAAUGGGGUUUCUGUUGCUAUCAUGCCUCGAACGCUUUGCAACGCAAGUGGAUCAAGGCAAAGAUUCCUUGAGUCCAAGUCUCACGCCUGCACUGACUUCUAUGGACUCUACGAUUCACCAGAUACUGAAGACUCUUGGCAAGUAUGUCACUAAAAAUGCCCAGCUCUUGAACUUGGCCUUAGCUCCUUUAGUUGCAGCAUCGGUAAUCUCGGCUUCCUUUUUGAAACAGUAUUCGAGUGCCCAAAACCGCUUGGCGACAGUGAUGUUGCGUAACCAUCUUUCGCGGUCAAGGUGGACGCAGUAUUCGGACUUGUUGUGGUCCCAAAUGAUGCAGCUGCGGAUGUCCCUUCCAGUGGACUCGGAAAUGGAUGGUGGUACUAACAAGAAAGGAAAACCCUUGUCUUCAACAGAAAAUGAGAAUCUUGUCGCAUUGAUGGAAACACUUGGUGUGAGACUGAAUCACAUGUCAUUGGUGGGCGAUUCAAACUUUGUUGAUUUUAGGAACCGUUCCGACGUGGAGGUGGAACUAGUGUCGAAGGCUUCUGAAACGAUUCGACGAUUGAUCCUUGAUCAGAACACUGGACCAAUUGGUAAAGAGUCGAUUGAUCUGAACAAGGUGGAGCUAAGCCACGGGUUUGAUGUUGGCAUGAAAGAUACUUCUCGAUGGAGGUAUUCUUCCCUACCAAGAUCGAUUCUAUUGGCAACUCAAUGUGUCGAGUUGACGCUUCAGAAGUGCCUUUUGACAAGCUUGCCUCCUUCCUUUGGUUUGGACCUUGCGAACGUGAUUCGACUGGAUUUAUCCCACAAUUCUUUGGAUCGACUUCCCGCUUCCGUUGUCUCGAUGGUUAGCCUGCAAGAAUUGCGCCUUAGUCACAACAUUUUAACGGAAUUACCAGAGCUACCAGGUGCCAAAUUGCGGAUUUUGGAUGUUUCUCACAAUCGUUUUUCCAUGUUCCCUGCAUUUCUGCUUCCUGAUGCGACUAAUGGUAAGAGUAUAGCCGCCAGCAAUGGCAUUCCAAAAAGGAAAAAGAGGAAACUCCGAGUUGAUAGUAUCAAUAAGACCACCUCUAGCUUUCAAAAGUUGGAGCAAUUGUUAUUGACGCACAACUGCUUGGAGCAUAUGGACUCAUUCCGCUCUAAACUGAUUCUACAUUUGAAGAAUUUGCGAAGUCUAGAAAUAGAUCCACAAGGCAGGACUGAUGCCUAA